AUGGCGUCGUUUUUAUGGCACUUUAAUCAGACAGAACUAGAUGCUGGGGUUGUACCUGAUGAUCUUUUGACAUUUUCAAAAAAAAUCAGUGGUGGUCUAUUUAUCAUAUCAUUCAUCGGCACUGCAAUCGUAUGUCUCGGUUAUGGCUUCAUUCGCUGGAUAGCUCCAAGUUACGACCGCGCAUCACUUCGUUUACUAGUUUAUGGUGCCAUAUCGCACAUGUUUCUCGGUGCAGCUUCGAUGUGCCGAAACAAACCAUUCCUUCCGGUAAAAACUUGUGGAUUUUGCAUGUUUCUAUUCAUAUUCUGCAAUGUGUUUAGUGCAGCCUGCUUCACCUGUAUGGCCAUCAAUCUGCAUUUGGUCUACGUUCAUUCUGCCCGUAACAUCAAACACCUCGGGUGGUACUAUGUCAUUGGAAGUUUUUCUAUUGCAUUCAUACUCGCUAUAUUACCUCUAUUUCCAAAGAAUACACACUACGGCCAUAAUAAUCAUAUGGGGAUUUGCUGGUACAACGCCUCAACCCACAGGGGAUCACUUUUGUGGGCCAUCACUACUAUAUACCUCUGGGUAGCCAUCUUUAUUCUUUACUGCUGUAUUUCAAUCUGCAUAAUCUUGAUCAAAAUGCGAAGAGAAGAGGUCGCAAUUAAUGCAAAUCUAGCUGUGGAUAGUAACCAAAACAACCGCAACUAUUGUUUUUCACAUCUAUUUUUUCGACCUCGUCACCGCUUGGGUACCAUGCCGGAAGAGCAACCAUCAAUGCCAUCAAGCUUACUGCAAUCCCAGUUGUCAACAAGAAAUGACCGAAAACUAGAAUCAUCAUAUGUUUUAAAGACAGUCAGUAGAGUUAUUUGGUACCCUAUUGUCUUGAUUAUCACUCGUAUCUGGUCAGUUAUAAAUGUAUGCAUUAUGGCUGCUACGUCAAAAGUCAAUCCAUUCUUUUCUCUGAUGUCCUACAUCGCACUUCCUAUCCAAGACCCGGCCUUUAUUGCGGCCAUUCGGCAAUUUAUAUACCGUAUAAGACCCAGUAAGAAGGAACAAAAAGCCCCAGCCUUGGAAUUAAGCCUAUCGAGACAUACCGGAGACCUUAGCAACGGAACCGGAACACACUCUUGGACAUCCAGACAAAGAUCAGCCUGGUCACCUUUUUCGAUGUCGAUCCAAAUACCUACAAAAAUCCACCCCUCACAGCAUCAAUCAUCAUCUUCAAGUAGUGAGCAAAAUCUAAUCCAUGAAAGUGAGAUUGACUUGAGUUCCUGCCAUCGCUCCUCAUCAGCAUAA